AUGCGUGAGCUGGCGUGUCUCAACAACGUGAUGCCCCAGCAUAAACACCUCCCGGCCAGGGGGGUGGUAAGAGAACAUGUCACCGAAAGCAGCCCCCUGCGCGGUAACCAACGAAAGUGGUGCUCAAUCGCUGCCCAACAAGAUGCAGGAACAUCAAGUCCUUUUUCUUUUGACAUUGGCCUUUAUUGCAAACGUGACAAGCUGAGCUGUACCGGCUCGAAGCCACACCGACAAUGGGGUAGCGGGCGCGGCGAUUUGCCGCCUCAGCUGGCCUCACAUCUUGCCCGCAUAUGCGGACGAAGAAUGACCCCCGACGAUGGGAGUGAUGCUGCUGCUGCUGUCGUAACCCUCGCCAGGAAAACGUGUAGGCUUCAGGCAUGA